AUGGCAACUACCUACUUCGACCAGCUGAGUCCGGGCGUCCAGGGCGCAAUCGAGAGCGAGCUUGGGGACCAAGAUUCCAAGAGUAUCGCCAGCGUAAAUAGCCAUGAUGAUGCCUUGGAGGUGGUUUUCGAAGGCGGAUAUAACGGCCACCGCCGCAAAGCUUCACUCGCACCCCACCCUUCGGGCAAGAUGACGUCGCGUCCGGAAAAUGAGCGCCGCACCACCGCGUGUAUUGUUCACUCACUUCUCGAGAAACAUGAGGGCCUGCCUGUCAAGGACCAUUCGCAGUCGUAUGAAGGCCUGGCCCAGGAGCGGCGCGUCGACAAGGAUGCGCUCAAAGAGCACACUCAUGAGCGAGAGCACUCGCGGCUGUUGACCAAGAAGGAGCUGUCGGACAUGGCUUUUGGCAUCCGGGAACUUUCCAAGAAGUUAUCGCAGAUCCGCCUGAAGCUGCACGUCAAGAACAUUUUCAUACUCGGCAAAGCCCACGAUGAGGGCCUGAUCAAGCAUUCGCGUGAGGUUACCGAGUGGUUGCUGACCAAGGACUCGGCAUACACGGUCUAUGUGGAACAAACGUUGAAGGAUAAUCACAUCUUCAGUGCCAAAGACCUUCUCGACAAGGACGGGUUCAAGGGGCGUCUCAAGUUCUGGACAAAUGAGAUGUGCGCGCAGAGACCGCAGACCUUUGAUAUCGUCUUGGCGCUUGGUGGUGAUGGUACAGUAUUGUACGCCUCAUGGCUCUUCCAGCGCAUCGUCCCUCCAACCAUUGCCUUUUCACUUGGAUCUCUUGGCUUUCUUACCAAAUUCGAUUUCGAACUAUAUCCACAAUCGCUUUCCCGAGCUUUCGCAGACGGUAUAACCGUUAGUCUACGCCUCCGAUUCGAAGCUACCAUUAUGCGGUCUCAAGAGCGUGAUCCCAAGGGACGCGAUUUGGUCGAGGAACUUAUUGGAGAAGAGUCUGAAGACCACCACACGCAUUACUCGGAUGGAACUCACAAUAUUUUGAACGAAGUGGUUGUUGAUCGAGGGCCAAACCCAACCAUGUCGUCCAUCGAGUUGUUUGGCGACGACGAGCACUUUACAACAGUCCAGGCUGAUGGUAUCUGUGUAUCCACGCCUACGGGAUCUACUGCAUACAACCUUGCAGCCGGCGGCUCGCUCUGCCAUCCAGACAACCCGGUCGUUCUCGUGACUGCCAUAUGUGCGCAUACGCUGUCAUUCCGGCCAAUUAUCCUACCCGAUACCAUUGUACUACGCUGUGGUGUGCCCUAUGAUGCAAGGACAAGCUCUUGGGCUAGUUUCGAUGGAAGGGAAAGAGUCGAAUUAAAGCCGGGCGAUUACGUAACUAUUAGUGCCAGUCGUUUCCCUUUCCCGAGUGUGCUGCCGUUGGACAAGAGGCGGACGGAUUGGAUCGAUAGUAUAUCGAGGACUCUGAACUGGAACAGCAGGCAAAAGCAGAAGGCGUUCAAGGAGUGGAGCUCGGAGAAAUAG